AUGAAUACCACAAUGAAAGCACUUCGUCUUAUCCGCGAUGGUCCAGGAGCAGCACCUAUGCUGAUCCUAGAGAACGUUCCAAAACCUACCUUGAUACCAGACCAUCUCAUCAUCAAAGUCCACGCUUCAGCAAUCCAUCCAAGUGAUCUCCUCAAUUUCAAAGGUGGUUUCCCCUAUACAACAUUUCCUCGGACUCCAGGUCGCGAUUUUUCAGGAAUUAUAGUGGAAGGUCCAUCUGAUAGGAUUGGACAAGAAGUUUACGGUACUAGUGGUCACACAAUUGCCUUCACCGAGGAUGGUUCUCAAGCCAAGUAUUGUCUCGUUCCUGAAAAUGCUGUCGCGCCAAAACCUGCAUGCCUCACAUUCACCCAAGCAGCUUGUAUUGGGGUUCCUUUUACGACGGCAAGUCUUGUACUUUCACGUGUGCAUGCGAAGAAGGGCGAGACGGUAUUGGUGACAGGCGCAAAUGGUGCUGUGGGAUCGGCAGUUGUGCAAUUAGCGAAGAGCAUGGGAUGUCGAGUUAUAUCUGCCACGAGAAGUGAUGACGAUGAUGUCAAUACUGCUACCGAUCCAGAACUUAAAGCUGUCGACAGUUUGACGGACGGAAAAGGUGUGGAUGUUGUGGUGGACACUGUAGGCCAACCAGCUUUAGUACAAGCUGCUAUCAAUAAGCUCGCAAGAGGGGGUAGAUUAUCACUCAUAGCAUCGCCGAGGGGUGGAGAUGCAGGGUUGAUGGUUGGUAUGUUGAGUUUCUAUCGAGGAGAAAAGUCGUUGGUAGGUUGCAAUACUUUGGCACAUGGAGUUGAGGAAUUCGCAGUUCGGUUGAAGGAAAUGACAGCAGAAUUCGAGAAAGGAUCUUUGAAGGGAGCAGACGAAGGUUCAUGGACGGAAAUCAAGCUGGAGAAUGGAGUGGAAGCAUAUGAGAAGGCAACGCAGAGAAAGGCUGGAAAGUUUGUGAUUGUGAUGAAUUGA